AUUCCAAUGGAGCGGAGCAACGACAGCCGGCAGUUGCCGUUCCUGACCGGGCACGUUCCCAUCGGACGGCAACACCGGCGUUGUCAACCAUGGUCCUCCCUCUCCUCUUCCCCCUCUCUCCGCCCCAUGUCCAUCGAAACGAACCGCACGCUCCAGAUCCUCGCCUCCGCCGCGGCGGGGCACUACGCGGUCCUCGCGCAAGUCGUGUACGACGGCACGCAAGCGCACGCCUUCGUGCGCGCGUGCGAGGCCCGGCGGGCCCCCGGCAUCCUCCAGCUCUUUCCCGUGACGCUGACGCACUUGGGCGCCCCGUUCCUGCGGUACUGCCUCGACGUGGCGCACGGCGCGUCCGUCCCGAUCAGCGUGCACCUCGACCACGCGACGGACGCGGCGCACCUCGAGUUCGCGUUGCGUUUGGCGGAAGACGGCGUGGCCUUCGACAGCAUCAUGGUGGAUGCGAGCCAUGCGGCGACGGACGCGGAGAACGUCGCGCUCGCCCGCCCGUGGAUACAGCGGUGUAAGCGCUUGGGCAUCGCGACCGAGGUCGAGCUCGGCCGGCUCGAGGGCGGCGAGGCGGGGCUGCGCGAGAUCGAAGGGGGGAUGCUGACGGAUCCGGACAAGGCCGAGGCCUUUAUGGACGCCACCGGCGCAGACAUCCUCGCACCAUCUAUCGGCAACCUCCACGGCUCGUACAAAUACGUGUCCGGCGGCCCGCAGUUCCGGCAGGAGAUCUUGGAGGCUCUGCACGCGCGGUUCGGGCGCGGCCCCCCCUUCCUGUGUCUGCACGGGACGGACGAGCUGCCCGACGCUUUGUUCCGCGCAUGCAUCGCGAACGGGGUCACGAAAGUGAACGUCAACUCGUGGGCGCGCGACCCGUACUGCGCGGCCCUCGGGCGCGGGCUGCUCGACAAGAGCAUGCCGCAGGCGAUCGAGGACGGCAUGCGCGCGUUCGAGGACGCGUGUGUCCGCUUCUGCGAUCUGCUCGGCGCGAGCGGCAAGGGCUAGAUGGCUAGAUGUAUGCAUACUAGAGGCCUGGAACG